GUGGAAAGGAGGAUGGGGAGACUGUCUACAUAAAUCAUCCCUGAGUAGAGACAUGUUAUGAUGGAGCUGACCCAGAAAAGUGAAUUUUUCCCCUCAUGAGCUCACUCUGCAGAAUUCUAAACUACAAACUCUCGCGGUGCUUUACGUGCUCCCGCUUCAUCUCCAAGAAAAAAGGGGACUCUCGCAUCACGGGCAGGCUGACGCGGCGCUGGGGGCUCGCGGGCGCAAAAAGAGGGUGCUGCAGGCAUGGAGCAAAGGCGAGAGUUUAUUCAUGCAGCAGCAUCAUUAUAAGCCCACCACAGACUCUGCUGUUGCUGCAAUCUAUGUAUCUAUGUUGCCAUGGUGACCCUGUAGCAAGGACCCUGUGAAUCCAAUCUGUUGCCCCGGUGAUCACAUAAAAGAACCAGGCAGGUAACUAUUUCAAUCUGCUGCCAUGGGGAUGGUGUAGAAGCAACGGUCACCAUGGGAACGUCCAGGAUGUUCCGCGUUUUUGUCGUGCUGGGCUCAGCCUUUAUGAUCCUUCUGAUCAUCAUUUACUGGGACGACGUCGGAGCCUCUCAUCUGUAUUUGCACGCUCCCGUAUCACCGGGCCCCAAAAUCCCACACCCCCCUCCUGCUCAUGAGCAGCCUCAGACCUCCCGGACCCCGUCCUUCCUGUCCGACAUCGAUGCCUUCGUUAACCAGUUCUUAGAGCCGGGAACUGGUGAGCCCACGGACCCCGUCCCCGCUGACACAAGUAAUCAAUCGGAGAAAGCCGAGGAACGGUAUAUUCCGCGGCGGGAGUGGAAGAUUCACCUGACUCCUGUGGCCGCCGAGCUCCGUGAGAGACAGGAGCAGAGGCGGCGGUUACUUCAGGAGAUGUGCGCUAACGACAGCGUGGUGUUUCCUGGCAAAAACCGUUCGUUUGACGACAUUCCCAACAAGGAGCUGGAUCACCUCAUAGUGGACGACAGGCAUGGUAUCAUUUACUGCUAUGUUCCCAAGGUUGCAUGUAGCAACUGGAAGCGCAUCAUGAUAGUUCUGAGUGAAAGCCUGCUGCGGGACGGUGUUCCCCAGAGAGACCCGCUGGCCAUCCCCAGGGACCUGGUCCACAACAACAGCAUGCACUUUACCUUCAACAAGUUCUGGAAACGUUACGGAAAGUUUGCAAAGCACCUCAUGAAGGUGAAGCUGAAGAAGUACACCAAGUUUAUUUUUGUGCGGGACCCUUUUGUGCGCCUCAUCUCGGCCUAUCGGAAUAAAUUUGAGCUGCGCAAUGAGGACUUCUAUCGCCGCUUUGCCCAGGUCAUGCUGCGCCGCUAUGCCAAUCAGCCGACGCCUCCCGCCUCUGUGGACGAGGCGUUCGGUGUGGGCAUCCAUCCCUCCUUCUCCAACUUCAUCCAGUACCUCCUGGACCCUCAGACAGAGAAGGAGAUGCCUUUUAAUGAGCACUGGCGGCAGGUGUAUCGGCUUUGCCACCCAUGCCAGAUUCAGUAUGACUUUGUGGGCCACCUGGAGACGGUGGAGGAGGAUGCCGAGCAACUAAUACGCCAGCUGCGGGUGGACAAUGUGGUGGAGUUCCCCACCUCACACAGGAACCUCACAGCCAGCAGCUGGGAGGCCGAUUGGUUCAGCACAGUGCCCGUCGAGGCGCGGAGAGAACUCUAUAAGCUGUAUGAACCUGACUUCAGGCUCUUUGGCUACGACAGACCAGACUCGAUCCUCAAUGAGUGACUCGUGUUUCUACAAAACUGACCCAGCCACACACGGACAACGUGUUUCUUUAACGUAAUGAAAUAAUGGUACACUCCAACAAAAGUGACGUGUCCCCUUGCUCUGGGCUUCGCAGACGUGUCCUCCAGUCUUGGGUGUCCUACACUGAAUGUGCACCUUAUUAGGGACUCACUGCUCCAAGAAAAGCACACUUAAAGCUGUUUCCUGCUUCUGGCGUUCAGCGCUGUCGGGGCGCUGUGGGCGGCGCGUGGUCACCGCAAUCCGUCUGGUCUUUCCUACUUCCUACUCUGCGGUCCGAGUAGCUCGAAGAACCGACUUCUUCUCUCCUGAAGCCAGUACGCAUUGUGACGCCAAGUUUGCCAUUGCGUCAUAUCGCCGUCCGUACCGCGCCGCCCCAACCGUGCUAAAUGCAGGAAGCAUGAAACUGUAUUAUCGAGGUAAUACUCUUUAUGCAUUAUUGUUAAUAAUCGCAAAGACAACAAGAAGCACACAAGUUAGAGUGAGACAGCUGAGAUAAAGGACUGUGCACACAGCAUGUGUCCCUAACACGUGGUACAUCCAGUGCGGUCCUUAACUCUAAUCCCCGCGCCGAGUGUCGAGCACUCCCAACGUUGAUGUCACACCCCGCCUCUUAUUUGUGAGGUCACGGUUGUGUUUUGUGACAAACUGUGACAAUCACCCAGGCUUUUGUAGCAGGAUGUCGAAGAGAUGUCACAGAGCCAAACUCUGUUUGUGAUGUCAUAGAAACCCUUUUGGUCGUGACAGCAACGCAGAUGCAGUGGACGAGGAAAUGUGGGCGAUCAGUUAAAACAAAGUGUUAGUAGAUUAGUUUUUAGUGUAGUUGGACUACAGUGUUUGUUGCCAUGUAAUUUAUUUCACAUUGUGUAAGUGCAAUGUUUAUGUCAAGCAUGAAAGGGAUUUUUAGGUUUAUUUUAAAGAUAAAUACUGACUAGGGUGUUAAAUAACAAUAGCAACAAUAUCAGUUUUAGUACCACCAUUUGUCAU